AUGUUGUUAUUUUGCGGUGGGGGGGCCGGUGCAAGGGCAUGGGGUGGCCCGGCCACCCCAGGCCCCCCCGGUGGAUCCGCCCCUGCAAGUGGUGGCACAAAGCCAGGCUGCACGGUGAUCAUGGACGACCCCUUGCCCCCCACCAACAUGACCCCCCCGCAACAAUCCACGUGCAUUCAUGAGUUUCUCAUGGGGGAGAUCAUCAGGCAACCAACCUCGCUGCCGAGUUAUCACCUCGGCGCCGCUGUUGCUGCUGCUGCCGGGUUUGCUGACGUCAUAACUGAUAGGAAGAAGGAAAACAGUGCUGACGAAGGUGAUGACGAUGAUGGUGAUAAUAGUUCGAGUGAUAACGACGACGAUGAAGCUAGUAACGAUGGUAUUAAUGAUGAUGACGAUGGCCAUAAUGACGACGAUUUGUUUAGCGAUUGCUCGAUGGAUAUCACGGAGUUGGAACGAGGAAUUUUGUUGAACGCAAGUGAAGAUAAUAUAACAAAAAAUAAUUUUUCUGAAAAAUUUGUUAAAAUCAAUGAGAACAAUGACUUAGAAGUGGAUGGGGAUCGUAAAGGUCUAAUUUCAUCCAUACAUUUUGAAAAUGAUGAACAGUUAUCUGAUGAUCUUCUUUCUUCUGCAAAUGGGAUUGCUAAUGAAGCCAGUGAAGAAGAAGAUGAUGACGAAAAACUGGUCAUCGUCACAGACAACAUCAACUCCCCUCCCACCAAUAGUCGCCACGUCAAUGAUCAUGUUGAUUCUCCGAGUGCACUUGUUGACGGUCCCUCAAUAGAUGAUGAUGAAAUAAAGAAGGAACAGUUGAUAGUGGGUGAGGAAGGAAAUGUAACUGCCAAUCAACUUCUGUCGACACUGCCAUUGUCUCCAAUCCAAUCAUUUGACGGAAACUCAGAUGAGAGAGGUGUUGAUGACGUCGCUAAUCAUAAAAAAAAUGUUUGUGAGAAGCAGCAGGAGGAGGAGGAGGAGGUUGUGGCAGCACCGAACAAACGAAGGUCUAAUCGUCUGGCCAUGAAGCAGAAGUCCGUUGAGAGGAGAACUUCUGAGGUAGGCAGUAAUGACAGGAAGAGGAAAAGAAGUAGGGAGGAAGAUAAUAACGUUGAAGCUUGUUGCAAUAAUAGUGAAACGUCAUCACUAAUAACAAAAUCUUUUAAAGCAUCAUCACCAGAGCCACCAACGAUUUCAUUGCCAUUGCUGAAGUUAUCAUCAUCAAAAACGUCGUCAUCAUUGCCAGCAUCUUUAUCUCCAUCAUCAUCAUCAUUAUUGUUAACGUCAUCACCACCAACAUCAUUACCAUUAUCAAUACUACCGCCGUCCUCUUGUUCGUCAUCUCAAAUACCUUCUGCUGCAAAUCCACACACACCACUGAUGCUCAGUAGCAGCUUCUCCGAUGUGGCACCAAACGAACGACGCCAGACGUUUAACCAUCUAUGCGCUGCUGACUCACGUGUUUCCUGCAACUUUCUCAACAUCAACCCAAACACCAGCUACAAAAUCUGCAACCGUCUCAACAAAAUCAAUUGCAGCAUUCUCUUCAACACCAGCAACAACAACAUCAUCAUCAACAACACAAUGAACUGCAAAAAAUCCGUGGGCAGUGACAACGUGGCUUACUCGUACUGGAAUGUGAACGGCUGCAAGGUCCUCAUCAAACAUCGAUACAUGGCUAACAACUACCUUUCCGACAGCAUGACUGAAGUGCACGUGAAGAUGGAGUACCAGAGCCAUCACGGACGCGAGCAGAUGACCAUCAGUGAGAUGGGUCGCAUUUGGUUGGCUCUCUUUACGAAGCCACGAAUCCAGAAUGUUUUGUUAGCUCGUGUAGAUGCAUGUUCAUCUAAGUUGUUGGAAAUCGAAAAGUUUUCAUUGAACGACAUCAACGUCAACUUCAAUAAAAGUUUGAAUCAACUGUCAGCUAUUCUUGAGAAGUGUAAAAGGGGAACCUACAAUUUGCACAAAGCUUAUCACGACACUCAGCACCGCAACACUAUGAAGCCACAGGAUGUGGUCGAUAAACAUUGGCUGUCCGUAACUGCAAAUGUGCAAAGUUGCAAACAAUCCAACAAGAUACCAUACACUUUCGAUAUCAGAGAAGUGACAAUGGCCCUCAUCGAGGGGUAUUUCGGUUUCAUCAUUGGUAGCCAAACGGCAACCCCCGAUCUCAGGGAAAAUGUCGUCUAA